AUGUUUAGUCUAUAUAAAAUACAUUUAAAAGGUGAAGAUCAUGUGAAACUUACAACGGAUAAAGGGGCAGAAGAACCAACAUCGUCAACACAAUCAACAAAACAAGCAGUACCUACAAGUGAACAAGCAGUACCAAAAGAAACACAAGAAACAAAAGGAUCAGAUAAAGCCAAUAGUCAAGCACACCAAAAGCACCACAAUCAGAAAAUUCAGACAAAACAACAACAAAAAGAUCAUAACCCAUCAUCACAAGGAGAAGAAAUUCAAAAACAAGACAAAAAACAAUCAGAAACACAAACACCAUCAACUCAAGGAGGAAAUCAACAAAAAGAAGAGUCAGAAAAAACACAAGAAAAUGGUGAUAAUAAAAAUAAUGAAAUACCAAAAACACAAGAUGAUGCAAAAGACAAACAAGAAAAGAAAGAUAAUGAUUCUCAACAAAAGAAUAACAAUAAUCAACAAACAAACAACAACCCAGAAGAUGAAAAAACUCAUGAACCAAACAAAAAUGAAAAUAAAGAAUCAGAUACUAAACAAUCAAACAACGAUGAAAGUGAAACAGAUAAUAGCACAGAUAAUGACAUAAAUAAUCAAAAGAAUAUUGAUGGUACAUCAUGUGUAUUUGUUAUUCUUUCUAUUCUUAUCAUAUUUUUAUUAAUUUAA